AUGAGCUAUCCAUAUCAACACACGGAGGAAGAAGACACAACUAUCCCUCAGGAAGAUCCAAUUAUCUCAGGUCAAAAGAUUACCAUUCAUAUGGUUGGAACUACUACCGUAGUUAUUGAAGAAGGUGCAUUAAUAAGGAUUUCAUGA